AGCGACGGGUUGUCGAUCUGUCUUUUCCAGUGAAUUAGCAAUACUUCGAUCCUGCAAGAAAAAAAUAGUAGGGGAUGUCUCUACUCUGCGGGGGCGCCGCUCUCUCUUCUGGGCCCCGGAUAUUUGGAAGAUACAUAUGCAGUCCAAUCAGAACAGUAAGUUCCUUGACAGAUAAAAAAAAGGAAUUUUUGCAGAAUGGACCGGACCUUCAAGAUUUUAUAUCUGGUGAUCUUGCAGACAAGAGCACCUGGAAUGAAUAUAAAGGAAACUUAAAACGCCAGAAAGGAGAAAGGUUAAGACUACCUCCAUGGCUAAAGACAGAGAUUCCCAUAGGAAAAAAUUACAAUAAACUGAAAAAUACACUACGGAAUUUAAAUCUCCAUACAGUGUGUGAGGAAGCUCGAUGUCCCAAUAUUGGCGAGUGUUGGGGAGGUGGAGAAUACGCCACCGCCACCGCCACUAUCAUGUUAAUGGGUGACACAUGUACAAGAGGUUGCAGAUUUUGUUCUGUUAAGACUUCAAGAAAUCCACCUCCACUGGAUGUGAAUGAGCCCUACAAUACUGCAAAGGCAAUUGCAGAGUGGGGUCUGGAUUAUGUGGUCCUGACGUCUGUGGAUCGAGAUGAUAUGCCUGAUGGAGGAGCUGAGCACUUUGCAAAGACUGUAUCAUACUUAAAGGAGAGGAAUCCAAGAAUUCUUGUGGAAUGUCUCACACCUGAUUUCCGAGGAGAUCUUAAAGCAAUAGAAAAAGUUGCUUUGUCAGGAUUAGACGUAUAUGCACAUAACAUAGAAACAGUUCCAGAAUUGCAGAGGAAAGUCCGUGAUCCCCGAGCCAAUUUUGACCAGUCUCUGCGGGUAUUGAAAUAUGCCAAGGAGGUUCAGCCAGAUGUUAUUUCUAAGACAUCUAUAAUGUUGGGUUUAGGUGAGACUGACGAACAAGUAUAUGCAACGAUGAAAGCCCUUCGGGAAGCAGAUGUGGACUGUUUGACUUUAGGACAAUAUAUGCAGCCAACAAAGCGUCACCUGAAGGUUGAAGAAUAUAUUACUCCUGAGAAAUUCAAAUAUUGGGAAAAAAUAGGAAAUGAACUUGGAUUUCACUAUACUGCAAGCGGCCCUCUGGUGCGUUCAUCAUAUAAAGCAGGUGAAUUUUUCCUGAAAAAUCUGGUCGCUAAAAGAAAAACAAAAGUCCUCUAACACUUGACAAGAUCACAGAAUGUUUCAAAUUUGAUUCCAGUUGGUAAUAGAGGUGGUUGCGCAUGCCCAGCCUCCUGGACAUCCCUAAUUUUUAUUUUAAGAAUAUGUAAAUAAGCUGUUCAUAUUUAAUUCUAGUGAUUCAUUUGUCUUUUAGCUUAUGUUCUUUGUCCGAACAAGCAGUGGCUUGCUAUGAUCAUAAGAUACCUUUGUAGAUUACUGUGAACAGUAUAAUUUAAGUCCCUGUUAUCUGUAUUUUAUUCCCACACUUGUUUUCUGUUUCAUGAGGAAACAGCCAACAUUGUUAUGCUGUGGUCCAUUUGCUUGUCACUGGCAUAUAUUCUUUGCAUAAUAAAACAGUGAGAUAAUCUA